AUGCAUUCUGUGCGAUCAAAAGCCAGGCGCGCUGCCUGGUCGAUGGAGGGCAGCACUCCGAACUAUAACCCGUUUGCGCGAACGCGGUCAAACGAGAGCAGACGUCCCGCAGAUGAGGAAAACAACCUGGGCAGAGUAGUCUCGGAAACUCAUUUGGAACCCACGAUCGUAGAGCAGCGUCGCGCCGAAAGUCGGCAGGCGAAGGAGGAAUUCCCAGGUCCUCAUCAUGCUGAAACCGCGCCUCCCACAUCGGCAAGCAGCGAAAAAGCUCCUACGGACAUUGGUGCUGAGAACAAAGCAACUAAUGGGGUCGCGAAUGGUGAGCCGAGUUCGACAUGGGGCACAAGCAAAGAAUCCGCUGAGACUAGCGACACCCUGGUUCCCGCUCCGAAGAAGGGACUAAGAAACCGUAUGAAGUUCAGGAAUAUACUCCGGAAGAACACCGAAGAGGAUGGAAACGAAGGCCUGGACCGCACAGAAACCGCUAUGUCAGAGAAAUCCGCGAAGCGCAAGGAGGCACUGGCUCGCAGUAUCCCAGCCAUGCAACAGUUCAAGGCUGUCUUAUUCGGGUCAUGGAUCAACGUCCUGCUCAUCAUGGUUCCUGUUGGCUUCGCUGUCAACUACGCGCAUCUUAACGGUAUAGUCGUGUUCGUUGUCAACUUCAUUGCCAUCGUCCCGCUAGCGGCCAUGCUCAGCUACGCGACCGAGGAGCUUGCGCUUCGUACUGGUGAAACCCUUGGUGGUCUCCUGAAUGCAUCUUUUGGAAAUGCCGUCGAAUUGAUCGUCUCAAUUCAAGCGCUCUUCAAAGAUGAGAUCAUUAUUGUCAAGACUUCGUUGAUCGGAAGUAUGCUCUCCAACUUGCUUCUCGUUCUUGGAAUGUGCUUCUUCUGUGGAGGCGUCAACCGAUUGGAACAGUUCUUCAACGUGACCGUCGCCCAAACUGCUGCCAGUCUUUUGGCUCUUUGCAUCGGCAGUCUAAUCAUCCCGACUGUGUUCCACUCCAUGCUUUCAACCGAUGACAGCGACGCCAAUUUCUUCAGAAACCAGGAGCUUUCUCACGGAACAGCUGUCAUGCUUCUCAUUAUUUAUGGCUGCUAUCUCUUUUUCCAGCUCAAGUCCCAUGCCACGAUGUACAAUGAACCGAGCCAGAAGGUCGAGAAAAGAAAGAAGGCGGGAAAGAUUGAGGAGGGCGCUAGUAGCCGUGGAAUCGCCACAAUUGGUGCCGGCAAUGCUGCUAUGGCUGGCGGCUCUGUUAAUCAGACGCAACUGGUUCAGGAAGGAGACGAAGAAGAAGAAUUCGAAGAUCCCCAGUUGACUUUAUGGGGUGCUCUCGUCAGUCUGGCAGCUUCUACCGUUUUGGUCGCCUUUUGCUCCGAAUUCAUGGUCGAUAAUAUUCAGAGCGUGACAAAAGGUGGCAAAGUCUCCACCGUCUUCGUCGGUCUUAUCCUGCUUCCCAUCGUCGGCAACGCUGCCGAGCACGCAACUGCAGUCACUGUCGCGAUCAAGGACAAGAUGGAUCUCGCCAUUGGUGUUGCAGUUGGAUCUAGCAUGCAGAUUGCCUUGUUAGUCCUCCCGCUUGUCGUCAUCAUUGGCUGGAUUGCUGGUAAAGCUUGUAUGACGCUUUACUUUGAUACUUUCCAGAUUGCAGUUCUCUUUAUCACGAUCUUGCUCGUGAAUUACCUCAUUCAGGAUGGCAAAUCUCACUGGCUUGAGGGAGUUCUACUUAUGGCGACCUAUGUCAUCAUCGCCAUUGCUGCCUGGUUCUACCCAAGUGACUUCACAAACGACCCCAGGUGUCCGAUCGAUAUGAACGGCAAGGUUACACCCCAAUUUUGA